AUAAAAACAGUAAUUUAUUUCAAAUGUAUUUCCUUUUUAAUAGUUUUGUUCGUUGGAAACAAUAGUUGAACCUGUACGUACAUAAUAUAUACAUACAUAACAUUUUUAUUCGAGUACAAUUAAUCUCACGUGAUCCGACUUUGACGAUUUGAAACACAACGUAUGCCGGCUGACGUUCGGUUCACAGGACACCGUCCAAUUCGAAUUUAUUGAAACGUAUAUUAUUCGAAAUAUUGUUUAAUUACACUUGAGAACUCGCUUGAAAUGGAAUCCAGCAAGUCAGAAUCAACUCCAAAACAAGCCAUGGUGUAUAUUUGUGGAGAAUGUCAUCAUGAUAACGAAAUACGUCCCAGAGACCCAAUUCGAUGCAGAGAGUGUGGUUAUAGAAUUAUGUACAAGAAACGUACCAAAAGACUUGUUGUAUUUGACGCAAGAUAAAUCUACUAUCUACGAUAUAUAUAUAAAGUGUAAAUAAUAAGUCUAAGAAUUUAAAGUAAGACAAUACCACAGAUUAAUGUAACAAUUUAAUUAUAUAUAUGUUACUUUUUAUGCGAAGGUCACAAUUUAUAA